AUGCCAGAUCUGGUUGCAAAAGAAAAGAACACCUCAACAUGCUCGACGUCAAAAGCCAAGAUUCUCAUUGGGAUAUGCGCGAUGAAUCGCAAAGCGACAAGCAAACCAAUGAAGGCAAUCAUGAAGAAAAUCGUUGAGUUCUAUGAAGAUUGGCUCGAUUUCUUCAUUUUUCCCGAGUAUGUCAUUCUCAAUGAGUCCGUCGAGAACUGGCCAAUGUGUCAUUGUCUGAUUUCAUUCCAUUCGACCGAUUUCCCAUUGCACAAGGCUAUUGAAUAUGUGAAGCUGAGAAAUCCCUAUGUUAUCAAUGAUCUGAAUCGCCAAUAUGAUUUGCUGAAUCGUCGAACGGUCUUCAAGAUCCUCAGUCAUCACGGAAUCGAGCAUCCCCGACAUGGAGUUGUUAUUCGAAAUUCGGACAAGGAGAAAGAUACGCAUUUGGUGGAGCACGCCGAUCAUAUCGAAGUCAAUGGCGAGGUUUUCAAUAAGCCAUUCGUCGAGAAGCCCCUUUCCGCUGAAGACCACAACGUCUACAUUUAUUACCCAUCAAGCGUCGGCGGCGGAUCGCAAAGAUUGUUCCGAAAGGUGCGAAAUGACGAUGUAGACAUCAACAAUCGGAGUAGCUGGUAUUCGCCGCUGAGCGAGGUCCGCAAAGACGGCAGCUACAUUUAUGAGGAAUUCAUUCCCGCUGACGGCACUGAUGUCAAAGUGUACGCGGUUGGGCCGUAUUACGCACACGCCGAGGCGAGGAAGGCACCGGGUCUCGAUGGAAAGGUAGAACGAGACGCUGAUGGCAAGGAAGUUCGAUAUCCUGUAAUACUGAGUAAUAAGGAAAAAGCGAUUGCGAAGAAGGUUGUCACAGCUUUUGGGCAAACCGUUUGCGGGUUUGAUCUACUACGAGCCAACGGAAAGUCAUACGUGUGCGACGUCAAUGGUUUCUCGUUUGUUAAAACCUCAACAAAAUAUUAUGAGGAUACUGCCAAAAUCUUAGGAAACAUGAUUAUUCGACGAUUGGCCAAUAAAUUGCACAUGAAAAUUCCGAAUCAGAUUGUGCCGCCGCCGCCGUUGUUUGAUUUGGGUCUUGGAGAUGAUCCUCCGUUGGUUAACACGCCUAGUGGAAAGCUUAUGGAGCUGAGAUGUGUGGUGGCUGUGAUACGACACGGCGAUCGAACACCAAAGCAGAAGAUGAAGCUGAUUGUGACCGAUCAGCGAUUCUUCGAGCUUUUUGAGAAGUACGACGGCUACAAGAAGAAUGAGAUCAAGAUGAAGAAGCCGAAUCAGCUGAUGGAGGUUCUCGAAUUGGCGAGAUCCUUGGUCGCCGAGAAACAGCAAAAUCGUAACAAGUUGCUUGAGAAGUUGAAGGAAUGCGAGAACGAGGAAGAGACGCGUUCGAUUGAGCAUGAGCUUGAAGCUUGCGAAGAGGAGGCGAAGAAAUGGGAGCAGAUGAGAACCGUCCUUGAAAUGUACGGACACUUUUCCGGUAUCAAUCGCAAGGUUCAACUCAAAUAUUUGAAGGAGCGCGAGACGAAAAUCAGCGAGGACGAGAUUCGCCAUCAGGGUCCCGCGUUGCUAUUGAUUCUCAAAUGGGGCGGCGAAUUGACGACGGCCGGCAAUAUGCAGGCGGAAGCGCUCGGUCGAUUGUUUCGAACACUCUAUCCGGGAAUCCGGCGAACCGAUGGGAAGAGCUCGCCGGAAGACACUCAGGGUCUUGGAUUCCUUCGAUUGCAUUCAACGUAUCGACAUGAUCUGAAAAUCUAUGCUUCCGAUGAGGGGAGAGUUCAGACGACGGCGGCGGCGUUCGCCAAAGGGCUUCUCGCCUUGGAAGGCGAGUUGACGCCGAUUCUGAUGCAGAUGGUGAAAUCGGCGAACACUGAUGGCCUUCUCGACGAUGAUUGUCAGGCUCGCCUCUACCAGACGGAGCUCAAACGGUAUUUGCACAAAGCGCUUCAAGCCGACCGCGAGUUCACACCGCAAGACUACGCCGAGCUGAAUCCGAACGGUUUGCGAGCGAUAGCGAACGCGAUGGAGUUCAUCAAGAAUCCGCGAAAGAUGUGCCACGAAAUUGCGGGCUACGUCGAGAAAAUGUGCGGCGUCAUCAAAGAAUACUCGCAGAAUAAGCCAGGCGCGACACUCUAUUUGCAAGAAUCGAUGGAUUUGGCCGAGCGGCGAUGGAACAAAGAGCUUCGCGAAUUUCGUGUGAAGAACAAGAACGGCGAGAUCGAGUUCGACAUCUCGAAAAUUCCCGACAUCUACGACAACAUCAAAUAUGACAUGGAGCACAAUCCCGACCUCUGCAUCAAUAACGAGAUGGAAUUCGAGCGAAUGUACCUUUGCGUCAAAAAUAUGGCCGACAUCGUCGUUCCACAGGAGUAUGGCAUCAAGCAGGAGAGCAAAAUGAUCAUUGCCCAACGAGUGUGCACACCAUUGAUACGCAAGAUACGCAAUGAUCUUCAUCGAUGUCUUGAGAACACCGAAGAGGGCGAGACGCAGACGCGGCUUGAUCCGAGGGCGUCGCAAGGGAUAGCGACGCCGUUGAGGCAUGUCAGAACGCGACUCUACUUCACCAGUGAAUCGCAUAUUCACACCCUCAUGAAUCUUAUUCGAUAUGGCAACUUGUGCUCGGUUGACGAUAAGAAAUGGCAACGCGCGAUGAAUUUUCUUUCCGGUGUCACCGAGUUCAAUUAUAUGACUCAGGUGGUGAUGAUGGUUUAUGAGGAUAGUCGGCCAGACGUUCCCGAGAGCCAUCGAUUCCAUAUCGAGUUGCUCUUCUCGCCGGGUCUCUAUCCGUGCUUCUUGACGGAGAAAGAGAGGAUCUAUGAGAAUCGAUUCAAAUUGUUGAGUUCGUCAUCGAAGACGCAACACGAUUCGGAAGAUGAUUUGAACGAUGUGGAAUCGGUGAAUCUCGUCGCGUUGGACGAAUUGAAUAGCUCGUCGAAAAUUCCGUCUGAUGACAAGUCGUCGAAGCGUCAACGAAGUGUGACGGGCGCCGAGAAAUCGAUGGAGGAAGGCGACAAACCGCACGGCGAAUGGAUAACGGGCGUCGCGAAGAGCAAUAGUCAGGGCUCCGUCGGCUCCAACGACAAUGAGACGUGUGUGGAGAGCCAAGAAACGGUUGGGCCGGGAAAAGGCAAAUGGGUUGCCGAUUUGCUGGAUCAGACGAAACGCGCGUUGGCGAUGAACUCGAUCAAAGAGGUGGAGCCGGUCGUCGAAGAAGAGCCGCUGAGCGAUCGACAAAGUCGAUGCAUGCGUGGCUCGUUCAUCGUUUCCGAGCAGGUCGUCGAGGAGAAAUCUCGACGUUACUUCCCGUAUAGAUUCAAACAUCACACAGCUCAGUUGCUAACAGGAAUGUCGCGCGAUGCGAAAAUCAAUAAUCGACUCAUCAGCACUGAUGUGUUGAAUGGAAAAUUUGGAGAUCAUGAGAAUAAGAAUAAAACAAAGAAAGAUUUUGGUGCUGGAACAGCGGUCCUUUCGACGGCAGUGAUUGCGAGAAGCUCGUCGGCUCCGAGACUCAUGACAUAUGAAACCGACGAUUUUUCGGUUGGAGAGAUCAAGCGAUUCUGGCCACCUCUCCGAUCAUUGGAAACAUUGCACGAUAGCAUAAUGUUCAGCCAAUUUGACAACUUCCUCGCGACACUCAUUAAAGGAGCAUUGACGCCAUUGCCGUCGCCGCCGAAAACGCCGCUCACUGCGGCGGUGUCGAACGAUGCUAUCCACAAAACGCCGACGCAGGAUGAGGUUGAGAAGAUCAUUGAAAAACUUGCUGAUGAAAAAUAG